CCGCCGCACCAGCCCUCAUUAUUGACACCGCAUAUGAGCACACACUCUCUCCCUCGCCCAUUAGAUCCAUUUCCAUUGAAGAAUAUUGCGACCGGGGACAAGCCAGGUGCACGACCGGGCGGGGGGGAAGCCAGAAAAGGUGGGGGAGGAAGGGCAAGAAAAAGGGGAGAGGGGAAAAAAUCCCUUCUCCUUGGCUCCAGGAAAAGCAGCUUCUCGACCCCCCCACCCCAUUUGCCCAGGAGAAGAAAUCCAGCCUCUGCUGGGCAGCCACCCUUUGCCCCCGCUUUGUGCCUGCCUCCGCUGCCCCCUUUGGCUUUUUAUUUUUUUUUUUAAUUUGAUCUCCCAUUAAACCAAGGAGGAGAAUGUGAAAAGGGGGGAAAAUGCCCAGGAGGAAGCAGGAGCAACCCAAGCGCCUCUCUUCACAUGGUACUAGACAAGAAGACGGUGAAGGUGAACUUAGCGAGGAAGAGCACUGGUUUGGAAACUCUUCAGAAACACCGUCAGAAGCAUCUUAUGGAGAAAUUCAGGAAAACUUCAAAUUAUCCUUUGAGGAUAGGAUCCAAGAACAGUCCACAUCUCCAGAUACUUCCUUGGGGAGUGUGACUCCUAGCAGCAACACACUGGAACUGGGAGCUGUUGAGAAUGAGGCUGUAAGGGAUGUGUUACAGAAUAAAGAACACCUUUCCCCAGUUGUGUCUUCUGCGUGUGAAGAUGAUACUCCUGGCACAAAUAAGCCACUGAGUAGUAACCUGAGACGUCUGCUGGAGGCUGGUUCUCUCAAGGUAGACACUAGUAUCACAGUGAACGGCAGGGUUGAGUCCCCUGUAAAUCUUGGCUCAAAUAUCUCCUUUUCUGCACCUACGCAUCAUGCUCAGCAGCUAAGUGUCCUUGCUAGAAAGCUGGCUGAAAAACAGGAACAAAAUAACCAAUAUGGCGCUAACAACCGGUUUAUUUGGAAUCAAGGCAAGUGGUUACCCAACUCAACGCCACCUUGCGGCUUGUCUCCAGAUUCAGCCAUUCUAAAAUUGAAAGCUGCAGCCAAUGCAGUCCUUCAGGACAAGUCGCUUUCUCGAACUGAAGAUCCAAUAAGGUUUGAAACCUUUUCUUCUCCAUUUAGUUCUCAGUCUGCAAGCUCCACCUUAGCUGCGUUAUCAAAGAAAGUCAGUGAAAGAAGCAUGACUCCUGGGCAGGACCACCCACCGCCAGCUAGUUCUUUCCUUUCUCUCGCCUCAAUGACUUCUUCUGCAGCUCUACUCAAGGAGGUUGCUGCAAGAGCUGCAGGCAGUCUUUUGGCUGAGAAGAAAAAGUCUCUGGUUGCAGAGGAUCCCCUGCAGCUCUCAGACAUGAAGCAAGAGAAACUAACUCCACCACAGUCCUUGGAAUUAUUGUUACUCCCAGCCCCUAAAGGAAGAGCUGCUAAAACCACUAAUUCAGCCUCAGAAGAAGAAGGGGGUAAACCUUUCCAGUGUCCAAUUUGUGGCCUGGUUAUAAAAAGGAAGAGCUACUGGAAGCGACACAUGGUGAUUCAUACUGGCUUAAAAAGUCAUCAGUGCCCUUUGUGUCCAUUUCGCUGUGCACGCAAGGACAAUCUCAAAUCACACAUGAAGGUUCACCAACACCAGGACCGAGGAGAGACGUUUCAGUGCCAGCUAUGCCCAUUUACCUCCUCUCGCCACUUCAGCCUGAAACUCCACAUGCGUUGCCAUCAACACUUCCUGAGGACAGAAGCCAAAGUGAAGGAAGAGAUCCCAGAAAUGGAUGUCAAGGUGUUGCCGCUGCUCAACGACAACUCCAGAAUGAGGCAGCAGAUAGAUGGGGGAACUGAUCAUUUGGGGACCACAGCUGCCUCUACAUCACCUGAGGCAACUGGACAGACAGGAGCUGCCAUCCCACCGCUGCUAGUAAAACAAGAGCCCAAAGAUGACAACAGUGUAUCUGCCCCAUCCUUUGCUCUCAGUGUUGUUGACAGAAUUGGCAACAAUGCAAAGCUAAAAGACUCCAUUGACUUUGUGACCAAUACAGCAUCAGCGCUUUUCAGCCAGGACAUCUCUGUUAAAAUGGCUUCAGAUUUUCUCAUGAAGCUUUCAGCUGCAAAUCAAAAAGAACCCUUGACUCCUACAUUCAAAGUGAAAGAUGAACCUAAGGAUGAGGAAAAUGUGAGCUCCACUUUGCCUAAAUCCAGUUACGUUUUCAGCCAUGAACCUGAAACAUCUGCUGCAAGUGUUCCCGAAGAGAAUCUCAAAGCACAGGAAGUGCCAGUAAACAUGUUGCAGCAGGACAUGUCAGUCAAAGCAGCAUCUGAACUUCUCAUGAAGCUAUCAGCGGAAAAUUACAAGGAAACCCAGACAAUAAAGAUUAAAGAAGAGCCAAUGGAAGUGGAUAUUCAUGAUUCCCAAGCAUCAGUUUCACCCAGCCAAAACAUCAGUUAUAGCACUUUACUCAGGCAAGAGAUAACUGAACACAUACAAAAGAUACCAGAAGGCCGAGUGCUCCCCGAGAGAAACCUCUUCAGUCAAGAUAUAUCAGUGAAGAUGGCUUCAGAGCUACUUUUUCAAUUGUCAGAAAAAGUGAGCAAAGAGCACAACAACUCUAAAGAUAACACCGUCACAGCUACAUCUAGCCCUUUUUUUUCUGAAGAUACAUUUAGACAAUCACCAUUCACUUCCAACGCAAAAGAUGUCCUGUGUAAUGAAACUGCUGUUCAUGGAAGAACAACAGUGCCAGAAACAGAGAAGAUAGGGCUGGAAGCUGGAAAUGGGUUACCAUCUUGGAAAUUUAAUGACCAGCUCUUUCCCUGUGAUGUGUGUGGAAAAGUGUUUGGCCGACAGCAGACGUUGUCCCGACAUCUCUCCCUGCACACAGAAGAGAGAAAAUACAAAUGCCAUUUGUGCCCAUAUGCUGCUAAGUGCCGUGCUAACCUGAACCAGCACCUGACUGUCCAUUCCGUGAAGCUGGUGAGUACAGACACUGAGGACAUUGUCAGCGCUGUCACUUCCGAAGGCAGUGAUGGAAAGAAGCACCCUUAUUACUACAGUUGUCAUGUGUGUGGAUUUGAAACCGAGAUGAAUGUCCAGUUUGUCAGUCAUAUGUCGCUUCAUGUGGAUAAAGAACAGUGGAUGUUUUCUAUUUGCUGCACAGCCUGUGAUUUUGUAACCAUGGAAGAGUCAGAGAUGAAGGCUCAUGUCGCCGCCAAGCAUGCAGGUGAAGAGAGGAAGACACCCAGUGACUCAAACAGCCCUUCUUCUUCUUCCCUGUCAGCACUUAGUGAUUCUGCCAACAGCAAAGAAGAGGCAGAGAUCAGCCCCAAACUCAAGGGUUCAAACCUCCUAGUUAUUUCCGUAGUGCCUGGUAGUCAGACCUUCUUAAACACAGAAGAAAAGUCAGAGAAAGGUUUUGAAUGCGUUUUCUGUAACUUUGUCUGCAAAACAAAAAAUAUGUUUGAGCGCCAUUUGCAAAUCCACCUGAUUACACGGAUGUUUGAAUGUGAUGUGUGCCACAAGUUCAUGAAGACUCCUGAGCAAUUACUGGAGCAUAAGAAAUGCCACACUGUCCCCACUGGUGGGCUCAAGUGCCCAUUCUGCAUUUAUUCCACAAAUCGUCCAGCUGCAAUGGAAUGCCAUUUGAAGACUCAUUAUAAAAUGGAGUACAAGUGCCGGAUCUGUCAAGCAGUGAAAGCCAAUCAGCUGGAGCUGGAAAUGCACAUCCGGGAACAUCGCCUUGGCAACCAUUACAAGUGCGACCAGUGUGGCUACCUUUCAAAGACGGCCAACAAGCUGAUAGAGCAUGUGCGUGUACACACUGGAGAACGCCCUUUUCACUGUGACCAGUGCAGCUACAGCUGCAAACGCAAAGACAAUCUCAACCUGCACAAGAAGCUCAAGCAUGCUCCACGGCAGACGUUCAGCUGCGAAGAGUGCCUCUUCAAGACCACCCACCCUUUUGUCUUUAGCCGCCAUGUGAAGAAGCACCAAAAUGGGGACUACUCUGAAGAGGAGAAAAAGGGCCAGGGGGCAGGCGCCAAGGAGACCAGUCCUCUACUGAACACCCACAGUCCCCGAAGCCUCUUGUCCCCUCUCUCAGUGAUGUCUGCUUCCCAGGCUUUGCAGACGGUGGCUCUGUCAGCUGCGCAUAGUGGCGGGACGGGGCCAAACCUGGCACUUAAGGCCUUGGCCAUAAAUGGCACUUCCUUGUGCUUUGACAAGUAUCGAAACUCUGAGUUUGCCCACCUCAUUCCCUUAACCAUGUUUUUCCCCAAGAACCAGUUUGAGAUCACAUUCCAUGCACCCAGACCACAGACUGUAUGCCUGGGUGACACGUCGCCGAAGCACUCCUUCCUUGCCUAUCUUGGACUAACAGAAAGGGCAGAAACUGUCUGAAGGCAGCCAUAUUCUGUACCAAAAAUACUUUCCCCAUUAUCCCAACACAACAGAUACCCAGCAGGUAUAUGCAUUGCUGCAAACCAUACACCCAAAGGUAUGGCUGGCUGAACAUUUGUACUAUAGAUCAUUAGUAGUAAGGUUUAGGAAAAAAAUGGCUCUGUGUGUCUCCUCCUUAAUGCAUCGACAUGGAAGGCUGCUUUAUGAAAACUUGAGAGAGGUGACCUCCUGCAUACUUCUACCUUCAGAAGCAUGUUCCCAGUACUCUUAUCUAAGAAACUAUUUUGUCUUGUUUAAGCUGAACAAGAGCGUCCUUAAUGGCAAUCAGCACUUGCUAAGAUUACAUAUUGAUGCAUUUUACUUUGAGUUUGUUGGAAAGAGAGUCAGUGUGCCAUGACAUUGCUUUUGCACAUCUUUUGUACUGGCUGCUUUAAUAUGAACACAUGAAGCUGCCUUAGGCUGUGGCAGGCCCUUGGUCCCUUGGCCCCAGUAUUCUCUUCUCUGACUGGCAGUGGUUCUCCAGGGUCUCGGGCAAGGGUUUUUUCUCAGCACCUGCUCCUGAGAUCCUUUCACUGGAGACACUGGGGAUUGAGCUGGGACAUUGCUACAAGCAGAGCAUGCACUCUAUCACUGAGCGAAGGCCCUAUCCCUUGAAAUAGCUAUUGUGGUUUUCCAUGCUCUCCACCUUGCCUGCUUCUGUUUAUGCUACAGUUACUAGAAUGGAAGAACAGCUGUGUUCAGUUCAAGAAGCAUUGGCGCCUCAGUUAGUACAGGUUACUGUUUGCUAAAGUAGAGUCACUAGUCUGGUCUUGGAUCCAAGAAUUUGAGGAUUGCAGCAGUUCUAGAGGAGAAGAUAUUACUCUCAGUUAUGCAAAGUGAGCUGUUUCACUUGUUAUAUUUUUCCUAGAUAGAGAUAAUCUCUGAACAGGCAAAGGCAUCAACUGUUUAGUGUUGGACAUUUAACAUGGGUGGUUUUUCUCUGUGUACACAGAUUGGAUAUUGACAUCACCAAUUUGCUGCUCAGUGGAUGUCUUCCUGUUUCAGACCCCAACACACACAAAAAGCACUCCUCCUACCUUUGUAAUGCUAUUGUAAACACGUGUAUUUCAAGACAGAAUUUAUCUCUGUGAAGGAAAAAAGUAAUGGAUGAAGCAGUCCUGAACAUGCAACAGGAGAGAGAACAUGGAUCUAUAAACAGCAAGUGCAUUUCAUACAUAGAGAAGGUCGGACUUGUCUGUUAAUACUCAUGUAACAUGGAGCCACUCCUUCCAAUCCUUUUUGUACUUGAGUGCAGAUACUGAACAGAAAAGUACAUACCCCAGGCACCAGUUUUUAAUGGGACACAUAAAUUGUGCUUGAACUGCUGCUUUUCUUGGUAAAAUAACUAGAGGCAGAAACCCAGUAAUUUCCCUAUCUUGUUUUUUGCCUGGUUUGCCAAGCAGAGAGGCAAUUUAAAGUCACAUGCACAUUCAAAACUGAUGCAAGGCCAAUACAAAAAUAUCAUACCAAGCAGCCCUCAUAACAGGACAUCAAGCAUACAAAUUUUCAGUCUGUCUUAUUGCAAUGGUGACACUGGUUUGCAAAGACAAGAGCGUACAUAGUACAGUGAUUAAGGCUGCAAUUCUACAUCCACUUACAUGGGAGUGUCUCACUGGAUUCAGUGAACCUUACUUCUGAGUAGAUGUGUAUAGAAUUGCACUUUAAAGCCAGGAAAGGGGAUUUUAAAAAGGAAGGGUUUGGUAAAUUCUGGGUAAAAGUGCUCAGACUAAAUAAAGGCAGGUUUUGCACAGUGCUUGAGUCUUGCACUAGUAUGUUUCUCACUCGCAAAAAUAAGAAAAGGUGUAGAAGAUGAAAAUGUUUCUUUUGUUGCCUGAAGAAAUAUCAGAUUGUAUAUUUGAAAAGUUAGUGUCAAGUCCUUUUAAACAGGAGGAGAAAAAGGUGCUGUUUAAUCACGCAAUUCUCUUUUUUAUGCCCAGCUAUUCAGCUAUAUUGACAAUUUUGUGUCUCUAGAAACAAUACCCUUCAUGUUAUUUGUAUUCCUUUAUAUCAUUUUGUUAUUGCCUACUUAAAUAUACUCUUCUAGGAAGUUAACUUUAUAUUUUCUUAAAGCUCUUACUUUGUGGUCAUUAAAAUGACAUAAAUAUUGCACUUUAUUGCAGUAAGAAGCAAAUGUUGCAUUCCUAAUAGAUGAUCUAAGCCAAUUGUUAACUUUUCCCAAGAUUUAAUUACUUUCUUGCCCAUGCACUGAUGUUUAUUGUGUAUCAUUAUCAUGUCCAGUUUCCUCCACUAAACACACAUAAGGGAAAAAUCCAUUUCUGUGUAAGAGCUCAAAGACCAGAAAUAGCUUACAGUGGAGGACAAGAAGAAAGAAAACUUAAAUAUUAACAUUAUAUAAAGUAAAAUACUACAGUCAAAGUAAUGAGAGUCUACUCCAUACUUUAACUAAUAAGUUGCUUUACCUGGCUAAGCUAUUAUGGUAAGUCACUACUGUAGUUGUUCCUAACACAGACAUCUUGGAGCUCUGCUCAUUGCACUAAAUUCUGUGAAAAUUUUUUCUUUGGGACUCAUCAUAUGAGCUGCUCCUCUGGCAAAAAAAAAAUGAGUAAGACAAGGUCAGUACAGUGACAUUCCACCCAAAGUUAUGAUAGCACAGCAAUAGCUAGUAAUAGUCACCAUCAUUCUGGAUGUAAUCCUAUGGACAUGAGCAUAGGCCCCACAACUUCGAUGCUCAUGGUCAUCCAAUACAAAGCAAGAAAAAUGGCUGUGGUACUUUUCAUCUCACUGCUUCAUCUGCUAGCAACAUAGACUUGGAAGGGAAAGAAGCCUGAAGUGCCUGAUCCUGCCUAAUCUUGGAAGCUAAGCAGAGUCAGACCUGGUUAGAAUCUGGAUGGGAGACUUGAGCCCUGCAGUGAGCAAGCUGUUGGACCCAAUGGCCUUCUAGGUCUCUUUCAACAGUAUGACUCUUAUGAUUCUGUGAGACUAGAGUGGCUUUAGGAUUGUUCAUUUCAGUCUCCUUCCCUCCCAACUCCACAUAAUAACCCCUCUUAACCCCACUCUGAUGUUGCUUUACCAACCUCGGAAAACAGCCAGAGUAGUUCUUUCCACAACAGCUGUGAGGCAUCAGGGUUUGUGGGGGAGCUCCAAUUUCCAUCUCUGAGAUUGGAAUGCUGCCUCCAACCUCAAAAUUAAGAAUCCAAACUAUCCUAUGACCCCUCAAACAAUGUCUACAGGCCAUAGGACCAUUUUCUAAGUUUCCUGUUUUGCA